GAUCCUGCAAGGUCACAUGUCUGGUUUAUGAAGCUGCAAAGUUGAACCAGCCUAUUAAUUAAAAAGACAAGACUUAGACUUAAAGACUCGAUGGGAUACCUCUCUCUCCUUGUUGUGGCCACCCUUUUGGCUGUUGGUGCUUAUGCCUGUCAGCCACCAGACUGUGAUCACCCUGACUGUGGAUCUUGUGCCAAUGCCUGCUGCUCUAUUGAUUUCAUGUUUGAAAAGGGCCCAGAUGAUGUCUUCAAUACCCUGAUGGACUCCCUCAAGAAAGGAGGUGCUGAUGGCCGCUACAAAUUUGUGAACAGCACUGACUAUCGCAAGGACAACAUUAGCGUCCAGUACCAGCUGCAGGGGAUUCACAGUACCUUAGUUCAUCACUACAAUGAUACCCUUGAUUUUCUUGUAGAGAAAGCUGAUACUAAAGCUGUGUUGAAGGCAUUCUCUAUCUCUCGUAUUGAGGGGGCCUAUUGUGAUGCAGGACAGAACUACAAGAACCUAGUUGGCCUGGUAAAAGGUCUAGAUUUGAUGUUCGAACAGAAAAAAAUGUACGGCUGUUCAGGAAAGCCUGAAAAGACAGGAUAGAUGAACGGAUAAUUAUACAAACUGAGAUAGAUGUAGCCACUGAAUAUUUAUUUACGCGUUUUUGA